AUGACAACUCAAUAUCAGACCAAUGUUACUCUCACACAGGGGUUAUUGGAAAGAGCAAUUUUUGUAGCUCUGACUACCACACCAUGCUGUCUGUUUCUCUACAUUAAUGGCACCAUGUUAUACACCUUGAGGAGUAAAUCUGUGUUUCGUGAGACCUCUCGUUACAUUCUUCUGUAUAACCUCCUUUUUGCAGACACUGCAGUAAUCAUGCAGGGUCAGAUACUGUACAUAUUGGCUGCUUGUGCCAUAACAUUGACAUAUCCUGUGUGUGGUGUUCUCACAAUGCUCUCCAAAAUCACAAAUGAAAUCUCCCCUCUCACACUGCUGGUGAUGUGUCUGGAAAGAUAUGUAGCUGUGUGCUACCCACUGAGGCACGCUACUAUCAUCACAAUCAGAAACACAGGGUUGGCUAUUGUUGUGAUCUGGGCCUUUUGUUCAUUGAAUGUCCUCACUGCAGUUUUUAUGCUAUUGAAUUUCUCUUUUGAAGACCAGCAGAACCGGCAGAUGAAAGACUAUUGUCGCAGAGAAAUAAUGUUUCUUAAUCCAGUGUCUGAUCUUUAUGACAAAGUCUACACUUAUAUUCUGUUUUGUUCAGCUGGUGUGGUAGUCAGUUUCUCCUAUAUUGGUGUGAUGGUAGCUGCCAGGUCAGCGACUACAGACAAAGCUUCAGCCCAAAAGGCUAGUAAGACACUGCUGCUGCAUCUGGUGCAGCUGGGCCUCAUUCUCCUGUCAGCUCUACACACCCCAUUGAUCCAAGCUAUCUCAAAAGUUGUAGAUGCAAUAACGUUUGACCGUCUCCACAUUGUCCAUUAUGUUUUUAUUAUAAUCCUUCCAAGAUGUCUAAGUUCUCUCAUCUAUGGAAUCAGAGACCAGACUAUCAGACCUAUCCUCAUGAAAAAUCUCUGCUGUCAGUGGCAACUUUCAUUUUCUGUCUCAGUCGUUCCAGCAAAGGCAAAACUCCACAGGUAG